AUGCCGGUAAGCAACAUUGAAGAAAAACUUGAAUUAGCAAAAAACAAACUGCUCGAGCUUGAUAGGGAGGAAAGUUUAAUAGAAGAGAGUACACCGUCAGAGAGAACAACGCCAGAGAGUACAAUAACAGAAAAUACAACGACAGAAAAGUCAAGAAAAAUUGUAGUUUUUAGUGACGUGUCACUUGAAAGAUAUCGCAAGUUUCGUGGAGAAGGGGAACUGAAAAAGUCCAACAUUUAUGUCCGUCUAGUUAAGGGAGAAGUCAUUGCAUACGAAGCGCCUAGUUCUGCUCACGGAUUCGUAGCACUAGAAUUGGCUUUUAAGUUGAAAAAUUGGAGCAACCAACUUAACGUUAUUAGUGAGCAGGACAUUACCACUGGUAAUAACAGUGAGUAUUGUGCUGAUGUUGUAGCUGAGCCAAGACAAAUCCCGCCACCUGCACCCGGAUACGAAGCACAACCAACAAUCAUUAUAGAAGUGGCAAAAUCCGAGACCCUCAGUAGCUUGAACGAUCUGGCACCAGAUUAUUUUUCAGCUUCAACUCAAAUAUAUUUGGCGAUAAAGAUAUUUCCUCGUCGGCAGGACUCAACCGCAGCAAUGCUUGCGAUUCUCUACUUACGUAACAACCAGGUUCCAAAUCAGGCAGCAAAUGUUCCAAACCCGCCACCAAAUAUAUCACCCAUGAUAGUAAUGGCGAACACGAUACCAAAUAUUGCAAUAUCAUUUGGAACGGCACCAAUUAAUUAUCAACGAGCAGCGUUUAUUAAAAAUACUGGUAUACGAAAUGAUAGGUUGACUGGAUUCGUACAAAGUAAUGAUAUUCCUUGUACACGAGCCGGUAUGCAAAACUACCAAAUAACUAUCCCCGCGAACUUGCUUUUCCCCGGAGGUGUUCCCGUUGGUGUACCAAAUAAUUUCGUCAUAGACCUGUGGGAGGUUCAGCAAAAUGCUUUGUAUUAUCUGGUGUGUAUUGCUUUCACGCUUCUCUGA